UCGCCUCGCCUCGCCUCGCCUCGCCUCGCCUCGCCUCGCCUCGCCUCGCCUCUCCACGACUCUUCUCGUCUCGUCUUGCCGACGUCUUUACCGAGCGCACUUUGGCGCCUCUCCGCUGCUCCGCCGUUGCCUCGUCGUUUCUGUUUAUUUAACGCUUCUGCGCGCGAUACCGAUCGCUAUUCGUUCGCACGUCGCAAACAUAGAGAGAGAGAGAGAGAGAGAGAGAGAGAGAGAGAGAGAGAGAGAGAGAUUAAAUCCUCUUUCUUGUCUCUCGUUUACGUAUCGAAUUUCGAAUCAAGCUUGCGUUACGACUUUAUUAAAGCCUCUCGAUCAGCCCUCGAUCGCUUUAUAUCCGCCGAUGCUUGAACCUUCCGACGGCGUACUACGCCGCGCGUAAGCGCUGUUUUACAAGUAUAAUUCGUCCCAGUGGAAUGCCGUAAGAAUACGUGACGUUUGCAAAAUAAGGUUCUUUUUUACGGAUACGAUUCUUCCAAAAUAAGUAGCGAUUCGUGACCACGCUAUAAAGUAUAAAUAUCGGUAUCGCUCGAGAACUCGUUCUUUCACCGGAGGCCGUCAGUACAAAAUUGCGCUCUUAAAUUUCGGCUUCGAUCUCCUUUCAUUAUGGAAAUACAUUGUAAGUUGUAGGUACUUUCGCUCGAAAUUGGCGCAGGUGUCUCUAAAAUCGAGUCGACGAUCGGCGAUCAAGGCGAGCGAGAUUUCGAACAUAGAUAAAGAGCGUAAAUCGAUUCGUCGGCUUUUCCCACAUCGAUCUUUCGUCGAUCUAACGCUCCUGACGCGCGAUCAUUCUCGAGCGUCGUCGAUAAAGACGUCGACGUUUUAAAAGUAGUCACGCUGUUCCGAAUAGUUUCCCCGAGAUUCCGAAAUCCUUCCAUCUAUGAUAUAUAGUAGAUCGUUAAACCUAUUACAAUACGAAGGCGAUAUAACUCGGUAAGAGUAAUCGCUGGUCGUAGUAUAUCCGAGCCGCAGAGACAUAGUUAUUUGGCGCUAGGCGAGCAACUCUUCCUCGUUAUGGUAUCGAGAGAGUCCGAUACACGUUCGCCGGAAUCCCCUUGCUUGGGCCGACUCGUCGUAAAUAAUUGCACCGACUCGUGUGUCCGGUGCAGGACGCGAGAACGUGCGCGCACAAUGUAUGCGCGAUGUACUCGCUACGGGGCAUUGAAUUACGUUCUCGACGAUAUAAUAGUCGAUAAACUGGUUCGCGCGACGCGCGUCCUCCGUCCGUUCUCCGCGCUACGACACGCGCGAACCUUAUCCUUGACUCUCCCGCCUCCUUCCUUCCUUCCCACCCUCCCUAUCUACCUACCUACCUACCUACCUACCUCCUCGAGUCUUCAGCUCAAACUAAUUUCGCGACGUUCCUCGUCGUUGAGAAUAGCAAAGACCGAACCGAUAGCCGGCCGUUGUUCUCGCGAGUCGUCGCUAACGAGUUUUCUCUCUUCGGCCACGGCAAGCACAGCACGCCUGUCUCAUGCCCCAUUAAACGCGAAAUUCCGCGGUGCGGCUUCUUCUCUUGUACCGUGAUGCGAGCACAAGGGGGAGGGACGGAUCGAAUAAAACGCGUGCACCACCACCGACGCCAUUUUGGAUUCUUCAAAGACCUUCUACGAGGAAGAUUAUUCCUCGUAUCCCGUCGCGAACGUGAAAUAAAGGGAGCAAAAGGGGCAUAUGGGGAAGGGGAGGGGUGAAAAAGAAGUAUCGAAAGAGGUAGUAAGAUUCGCGCGUUAAGAAUCCCUUUUCUCCUAUCCUAUUCAACGUUGCGACGCGGCGAAAUCGCGGCACGAUUCUAUGAAUUCGAUUCGUCUCUUUAUCUUUUCGAAUCGAGCCAACGAGCGCACGGUAUUUCUAUGAGAAUGACGGUAACGCAAAGACGAGUUCCUUAAGCAGCGUCUCGCUUCUUGUGCGAGAAGUGAGAUGCGACGAAGGGACCGAGGUAACGGAAGGAGAGAAGAAGUCGAGAGGUAGCAAAAGGAAUCCGUUGAUAGGCUCGACCGUCCGUACGGUGUCUUCGGCAAUUUGUUGAGCGAGUUAAGAUCAUUAAUCUGCUUUCGGUAGAUCAUCAAUAGCGCGAAAGAUAGCGUAGGGGCAAGGAUGUACCGGUAAUGGGAGCCCUCAAUAACCUCGACGACCCUAAAAAGCCUCACCCUCCUUCGCCAUCCUUUCCCACACUCCGCAGAAACCGAGUUGUCUCGAGCUCCUUGUCUCCUCCUCUCUUCCUCCUCGCCUUCUUCUUUUAGCUCUCUACUAGCGUGCCGUGCCCGUCCUCGACAUAUCCCCGUAUCCUUCCUUUUUCUCUUUUUCUUCGCUCCGCAACGGGUGCCAUACACAGCUUUUACUUUAGGAGUAGCUCGUCGGCUAAUUUCUACGGCCGGAUAAGCACCGAACCAAACGAAAGGAUAACUCUUCUCCUAUCCCCCACGUCAAAUCCACCAACCUGAUUGCCGCGAGAAAUCAUCUUCUCGGACGUUUCUCCAACUUUUCAAUCAUUCCCUUUUAACCAUACCGUCUACUAUAUACCGUCUGUUUUCCUUUCGAUGAUUUUACGAGACCGAGGUCAAGAGGGUGCGUAACGCUUUCAAAGAACAGAUCAAACCAUGGCUCCUUCUUCCUGCACGAUCACCGCCGCCACUAAUACCGUCGUCGUCGCGAUAACGGUCUUUGCCUCUUGGAAGAAGUGCUCUUAGAGCGCUAUCUUAAGCGACGGCAUCUGCCUGAUGGUCGAUUAAUUAAUUUCAACCUAGAGAGAGAGGGAGAGAGGGGGAGAGAGAGAGAGAGAGAGAGAGGAAGACAUGGAUACGUGCACUUUCUCUUAGAUUUUCCUAUCUCGCACAAGAAUCCCAUCGAUCGACGAAAGAUUCAGGAGCGAGCACAACCUUCGCGAUCGAGAAUCCGAUAAAGCGAGAGGUCGAACGGGCCUUGAUGAGAGGAGAGAGAGAGAGAGAGAGAGAGAGAGAGAGAGAGAAAGGGUGGGUAGGAAGGAGAUCACGGCAUACCGCGAUCGUACGAGGAAUCUCCGCGGCAGGACAUUCCGUACGACCGAAAUCACUCAAACCGAUCGAACGCGUCCGUGGGAAGAUCGGCUUUCUCGCGAUUCCAAGAAAUUGGCAAACGGCAGUUGUUUGAUGAGCAAUUCGGUGGACGAUUGGGUUAGCGGCAGUGCCGUCGUUUGCAACGGAAUACCUGGAUUGACGAAGGAGCAGCGUGAACUCUGCCACAGAAACCCGGACGUGACGGUAGCGGCUCUGAAGGGACUACAGAUGGCGAUAUUAGAAUGCCAGCAUCAAUUCAUGUGGCACAGGUGGAACUGUUCCUCUCUAACCCCGAGCAGCAGAACGCAACAGAGUAGCGUCCUCCUACAAAGAGGUUACAGAGAGACGGCCUUCGCUUACGCGAUAUCGGCAGCAGGAGUGGCUCAUAGCGUGGCGCGCGCCUGCAGCAUGGGAAGGCUCCUCUCCUGCGGAUGCGACCCGUCCAGCUACAAAGCAAAACCGCCGGCCAAGGCAAGGGGCACCCAAUGGAAAUGGGGCGGGUGCUCUCACAAUCUCGAUUACGGCAUGGAGUUUUCGAGACAGUUCCUAGACUCGCGCGAGAAGGCCGGCGACAUACAGUCUACCGUUAACUUGCACAACAACCAAGCGGGACGUUUGUCGGUAGCGAGCAACAUGCAAGUGAGAUGCAAGUGUCACGGCAUGUCCGGUUCGUGCGAGCUCAAGACGUGCUGGAAGGUGGUGCCGGACUUUCGAAUAGUCGGCAAGACGCUCAAAGAUCGUUUCAGAAAUGCCGUCCUGGUGGCGCAAAGUAAUCUCGGAAGCGUCACGCCGUUGGCCAGAGCAAGAGGCUCGAGGAGGAGAAGACCGGACCGUCAGAGACAGAGGAAGCACCGGGAGAGGGGAACAGGACGCAAAAGGAAACCGCGAGAUCUCGCGAAGCAGCUCUUUUAUUAUCAAAAGUCGCCAAACUUUUGCGAAAGGGAUCCUGCCGCGGACAUACCCGGUACGGCCGGACGUAGGUGCAACAAAACGAGCUCGGCCGGUGACGGUUGCGGCAGCCUUUGCUGCGGAAGAGGUUACAAUGUCGUCAGGCAAAGGCGCACCGAAAGGUGCAGGUGCAAGUUUCAUUGGUGCUGCUACGUUCAGUGUCAGAAUUGCACCGUCGAAGAGUGGAUCACCGUUUGCAAGUGAAACACUACCCGAGUUCUCGUGUUGCGAACUUUGCACGCAAAACUACCUUCGGAUUUUCAAAGAGAUCGUUCGAUGCGAUUUAACAACGGAUCCGCGAUCCACCCCGACACAAUUCGUCGCGAAUUAUAUUAGAUAUGAAGAAGAAGAAAAAAAAGAAAAAAGAAAAAAAAAGAAAAAAAAAAGAAAAAAAAGGAAGAAAAGAAAAAAAAAAGAAAAAAAAGUGAAAAGCAGAAAAAAAAGAAGAAAAAAAAUUAUCGUAGAUUAUAAGAAAUCUCUUAAUUUAUUUAUAUCGACGUUCUAUUUAAUUAAUAUUUAACUUUAACUUCCAACCCACUCUACAACCUCCGUCGCAGUAUUAUUAGAAUCAAGCCGUAUGCGCGAAGCGUUCGUGCGAAAGAACGCCCACAUACAUUAUAUACGAUUUAAUUAUACGCGUACAAUAAAGAGAGUUCCUGUAAAUUCUCAUCUAGCUCAUUUGCUUUAUCCCUCGUAACCGACGUAUCUGAAUAGUAAACCCAUUUAUGGAACCCCUUUCAGUUUGUUUCUCCUAUAAUUGAAGCCUUUUUCCAAUGCUCUAAUUUCUUCCGUUGAUGGCCACAAGCAUAGUUCUUUCCUAUUGAUCGACCAAUGGAUUAACUCGCGAGUCAGCCUUACAAAAAUCUGUGCCAAUCCUUUUUAUUCCCUACGAAAAAGGUAUGAAAAAGAUGCGUAACUCGCCAUCUUUGUCUUCGUCGAUCGUCUUCAUUUCCCAAUGACCUGUCGUCGAAGAAAAGGCGAAGGAAAAGAUGGUGGUGGUGGUGGUGGAGGAGGAGGAGGAGGAGGUAACAACGACGGCGACGACUCGAGAUCCAUUCUGACGCUUUUUGCCGAGAACGCGAGCUACGCCCGCAGAAUGUUUAUUCGCGGAGGAGACGUUCGCGUAUAAGCGCGGCUCGGAGCGCGUAGAUGCAUCUAGUCCUUUGAUUCUAGCCGCCAAUAAUACGAAGUGUGACCGGUACAAGCUUUAUCGUCCGAUCGACGACGAUUCGUCUUGCGCAUCGCUCGCUUCACCGGCCAACGAAGAAGGAGAAAGAAGAAGGAGAAAGAAGUGGGGGAGAUAAAAAGGGUGGUGAAAGAGAGAAGCUCGCUGAAGCGAGGAACGGAAAGGAGGAAGAGCUUAUUGAUUUUGUAUGAGAGAAUAAACGAACAAAGCUGACGGGUGGGGGCUGGGGGGAGUAGAGAAACGAGGAAGGUUCGCGUUUCGUCCGCUUCUCUCUCUCUCUCUCUCUCUCUCUCUCUCUCUCUCUCUCUCUCUCUCUCUCUACGUGAUCAACGGGAAUCAGAAGCAGCUUUGUCGCUCCUCGAUGAUUAACCUCCCACGAUCCUUUUGGCUUUCCCGGAGAUAGCAAGAUUCCGACUUUGCGAUGAGAACGAUCCUACUUCUUUUUCUCUAUUCGCCGCGGGAGACGAGUAUCUUGGAGACGUUUCCGAUUCUAAUCGAAGCACAAUUACGAUUAGAUAGAAAAACGAUCUAAUGACAAUGUCAACGCGCCGAUUUUUCUCUCUUUCUCUCUCUCGCUCGCUCGCUCGCUCGCUCGCUCGUAAGUAGCUCCUCCACGCGCGAGAAGCCGUGCGACUUGGUGGUCCGCCGAAACGGACCGUAAUCAAGGUAGUAGUCUCGGCGGAGGCGGACUGAUGCGCUUACUGUAGUUCGAUGAAAAUGUAAAAAAAAGUUUGUCGCAAGAAGAGCCGAGAAACGGAGACGCGUAUUCGCAUUAAUUUCAACUGGCGAACUCGCGAGCGGCUCCCUUUGACCGUCGUCGUACCGCAAGGACCCUGAAGAAGCCGCGAUAAAGCGCAUUAAUUUAUCGCGACCCUCCAGAGAUCUUUUUCAAGGAGUCAUCGAUCCGAGCAACGAGAUUAGAAGCGCGAGCACGAUGCUCGGCGUCGCGAACGCACAUUUUUACCUCCCACGAACCAGCAGGAUCCUGCUGAAAGAGAAGCUCUAUCGUACCUCGCUUCUUUCUUCGAUUGGCGUUUCUAAAGCCAUCUAUAGCCAGGCAAAUUCGUAAUCCUAAAUUCGCCGACUUAUCUUAACCUUACCAGAUAUUCCGGCUAUUGUCCAUCGAAUCGUAGGGAAGUACGAAAGGAAUGGAAAUUAUAGAGAGAAAU